GCUAUCCUAGUUCUAGCCAUCAAAUGAAAUCAAACGCAGUCUAUCUUAAUUCUAAAUCUUAUCGCAAUUAGUUGUAGGUUGCGUUUGUUAUCACACUGACUUCUUCUGCCUACGACGAAGGGUCUUUGUCUAGGUAAGCUAGGGAUGAGCUGAAUGUCGCUUGGAAUGCGACUUGCUCCUCAUAGCCUACACAGCACGCCAGGUAGUAAUAGCAACGCAUUCCAGGAGCAUAUUAGAAGCUCGAGAUGACGCAUUCCGAGAUUCUCCAGGCAUUGUAUGGCCCGUAGAUGUUUAGGAUCGGGUAUGGAGAUUUUGAUUUGUUUUGUUUUUGCUCCAGGUCGAGCUCGUCUUGAACCGCUUCUCUUUGCUGCCUAUUCGUGCCAUCAUGUUCUUUCCUAAUGACUACUAUCCUCUUUGAAAGGUUAACGAACUUCCCUCUUUUCUAUCCAUGUAAUCUUCACAGAGCCGUUGUACGACCUACUAACCCUACAGCUUAUGUCCGGGCCAAGAACGUGCGAGAGAGAAGAAGUACGAAUGCGAUCGAAAGGAGUAUAAACACGUCUUUAGGGAGCCAGUUUAUUUAUACCUUACUUUGGCGGUGAUAUAAGAAAAAAUGUCUUCCUUCGUCAAGAGUCGAAAUACUGCUUCCGUCGUCGCGGCGAAAGAGGCUGGUACGGGGAUGGCGCUCUCCACGGGGGCUAUAGCUGGUAUCGCAAUCGCCGGGGCCGUAAUACUCUUCGCAGCGCUCGCACCCCUGCUCAUAAAGCUUGCGAAGAAGCAGGACCAGCGACGCAUGUCUGCCUUUUCCGAGGUUGUGGUGGAGUCUGGCGACAUGACAAUGAACGAGACCGGCCCGCGACGACUACGAAAGAAGAGCAUUAUCGGUGACCAGGUAGCUAGCAUGAUGGAUAAGGACGACGAGGUUGGGAUGGAAGAGAGCAAGAGCCGACGCUCAAGCCUGAACGUGGGAUCACCAGCUCGAACGCGCCCGGGGAGCUUCUCGGGAGGAGAUGGGAGCGGUCGAGGCAGCGUAGACACGCAGCAGGGUCAGAAGCCCCGAUCACCGGACAAGGAACGCGGCUACGACAUGUAUCAGAACCGGCGCAAAGCAUCGUGGAUCGACGAAGAUGCGCUCCACGGCCCAACUGUCACAUCCCCAAGGAAGUCGAAACAGAAGCACAACAGGAUAGUGAGCUGGUUUGACGGUGGGCUGGGCCGUUCCUUAAGCCGUCUUUCGACGAGAAGCGGCAUAGGCGAAAUGAGCCCUACUCUGCCGUACACCGAAACUGGGACAGGACAGCAGGAGAACAACCCGGGUAAUAGUGCCGAUGAGCAGAGAAUGAGCAGAGCACCGCAGGAUGCAAACAUCAACGGAUACGCAGCGACGCCACGGCAGAGCCAACAUCAGUCUCAGGUGUACACCAGUCCGCAGAAGAUGUAUGGGCCCUCAAGCAACGCAAGCCCCGGGUCUGUGUCCAACAGCCCGUCCAAAUCACCGCCGGAUAUCAUUCAUAACCCACGAUACCGCAACAGGGUCUCGUUCCAAGCCGCGCAACAACUGGCCGGUGGAGCGCGUCUCCCUGCCCCAAUUAGUAUUCCGCAGGGGCAGACACAGCGGCAGCCGAUAUUAAAGCACAGCGCUACGGACACGGAGUUAACAGAAAUUCUGCGUAUGACUGCGGAGAGAUUGCAAGACGGACAUAGAAGUGCGCGACGGCAGACCCUGAUGGCUCCCCCAUAUACCCCCGGAAGGGUACUGAAUGGGGGAAUCCAGGACCUUCACUAUGGAGGAUACACAGACCCCUAUUACGAGACUCCGGAGAGAGGGGAUGUCAGUCCCGUCAAGAGUCACAAGAGCGCACCGGCAACACUGUCCUACGCCGAACUAGAAGGGUCGACCCCAAAGCCACAACUCUCUCAACGCCAGAUGCGGACUCCUGGGCAUUCACGACAACAAUCCCAUAUAUCGCGCAUGUCACAAGCUUCCAUUCUAUCGGAACCGGACAGCCUCAUCGCACCUAAACGGGACUCGUACCAGGACGUACGAACCGCUUUAUCCAGCCCAAGCCGCGUCAACAGAUCGACAGAACCCACUCCCAGUCCACAAGGAGGUCAGCCUGCACGUCCAUUUUCCAAUGGGAGUACCCUGUCUUCCGCUUUGUCAACACUAUAUAGCAUGGAAGAAGCAUCUGGCCGUAGCCCUCCAGUGGACCCAAGACUCGAAGCGAGCGUGGAGAGGCACGCCCCGGGAAAAGCUCUUUCUAACCGCCAGGUCCUCUCUCCACACAGGAACUUCCAGGUGAGCCCGGAGAGAAGUCCCAAGUCGCGGUUCGGCGAUGAGGAAGUACCCCCUCCAUUACGAAUUCGUAGGGGAACCCUGGGGAUGGUGGCCCCUUGCGUCAUACCUGCGCCUCCGGCAGACUCUCGAGGAAAAUCGGUGAAAGACGGUUUACCUAAGCGCACGCCGUCGUUCACGCCGCCGUCAUCAGACGAAAAUGAAGACGACCCAUUCACAGUGUCUACUCCGCCGCCACAGAACCCCGCGCGUCUAUCAAAGGUCUUCUCCCCGCUCCCAGCCGAACUGCCUCGUCAGCAGUCCGAUGCGGCGAAACGGUCCGCGCACAAAAGGACCGUCUCCCAAGAGAGCAACUCUUUCAAGAGCCCGACGCCCUCGCCCUUGCGCCGACGAGUGCUGCCCUCCCCUCGGUCCAUCAUCAACUCGCCCACAUUCGCGAACCGCGAACGCCCCUCCAGCCCGGUAAUCUCCGAAGCCGGGCUCUCGUCCGUCUACGACAGCUACACGUACAGCUACCACGAGGACCAAGCCGGGUCCGCAGCAGCAAUUAACAAAUCACAAGAGGUGUCGCCGGAGAAGCUCGUAAGGGCAAUAUCCAACGCACGCAAGUCCUCGCGGAUCGGGUUCCGGAUCCCGAAUUACGGACAACAACCCGCCGAAAAGGGCGCAACUGCGGCAAGCGAGCCGCGGCAGUUCAACCACGAAUCCGUAAUGUGGAUCCCAGCCUCGUCGUCGUCGUCGUCGCCGCCGCGCCGCAGCAUGCCGUCGGAAGGAUCGAUAUACUCGCAGGACGGGGACCAGGUGCCGCCGCUGCGGGCGAGCAACAGCACGGUGAAGCGCGGCAGGACGGUGCGCAUGUCGGCGGCGAUCACGGAGCUGCGGCGCAUGAACAGCCAGCUGAGCACCAUGAGCGACAUCAGCGUCGCCAGCUCGACGGUCGUCGGGAUGCGAGGGGGCGGGUUCAGUCCCGGGAAACAGAGCGGCGGGAUGCGGAACUACCUGCUGCUUGGAGGAAGCGGGGGAGACUCAAAGAAAAAUAGCAGCAACAGCAAUAUCAACAGCAAUAUCAAUAGACUGUCCCAGUCGAGCGCGGGAAGCGGUACGGUGGUUGCGAGUGCCUAUUCUCACACCAACGGUAACGGUAACGGUAAUGGUAGCUCUGGGACGAAACACCAUCACCACAGCCCGUUGCAGAGAAGUGGUGCGGGCAGAAGCCGGCGAGGAACGGUGGUGCUGCAGGGCUUGGACGCGAAGAGGGGGAGUAAUAUCGGUACGAGCCCCGUGAAGCACGCCAGCCACCUCAUCACACAUGUCACGAAACUAAGCCGCGAGGAGGCGACUGCUAAGAGGUCGAGUGUUGAAAGCUUGUAUGACGCGAAGGGGUUCCUGAAGGGUUAGCCGCUAGGGUCGCGGGUCUAUAUACUACCUCUACCUCUUACUUACUCCAUCGGGAGCGCAGUAUUUUUCUUUGUCAUGUAAACAGUGUGUACUGAUAUCCGUUAACUUUCGUCGUAUAUUAUAUUAUAUAUAGGUCAUAUCCUCUUAUGUAACUGGGUUGGGUUAGGAGAUUCUAAUAUAGCAAUAUGACAAUAGUAUCGCCGCAGCGAGUAUCAUAACAAAUAGUCGGGAUCGUUCAACUUCCCUUAUUAAAUAUUGUGACUAAUUCUAGUAUCAGUAGAGCGUCGAGGGUACCCAUCUAUCCAGACUUUAUUAUAUGUCAAUGAUACGACUUC